AUGCAGGAGCUGUGUCUGUUGUGCUGGGCGGUCCUCCUGAGCCUGGGGCAGGCCUGUCCUGAGCCCUGCGACUGUGGGGAGAAGUACGGCUUCCAGAUCGCCAACUGUGCCUACCGCGACCUGGAGGCUGUGCCGCCUGGCUUCCUAGCCAACGUGACCACAUUGAGCCUGUCAGUCAACCGGCUGUCCAGCUUGCCAGAGGGUGCCUUCAGGGAGGUGCCCCUGCUGCAGUCUCUGUGGCUGGCACACAACGAGAUUCGCACAGUGGCUGCUGGUGCUCUGACUUCUCUGGGCCAUCUCAAGAGCCUGGACCUUAGCCACAACUUCAUAUCUGACUUUGCCUGGAGCAACCUGCACAACCUCAGUGCCCUCCAGUUACUCAAGAUGGACAACAAUGAGCUAACCUUCAUUCCCCGAGAUGCCUUCCACAGUCUUCAUGCCCUGCACUCACUGCAGCUCAAUCACAACUGCUUGCACACACUGGCUGAGGGCACCUUUGCACCACUCACUGUGCUGUCCCACUUGCAGAUCAAUAACAACCCUUUCCAGUGUACCUGUGGCAUCAUGUGGUUCAAGACAUGGGCCCUGACCACAGCCACAUCCAUCCCAGAGCAGGACAACAUCACCUGCACUUCACCUGAUGUGCUGAAGGGCACACCGCUGACCCGCCUGCUGCCACUGCCUUGUUCAGCACCCUUGGCGCAACUCACCUACCAGCCCAGUCAGGAUGGUGCCGAGCUGUGGCCUGGCUUCAUGCUGGCACUCCAUUGUGAUGUGGAGGGGCAGCCAGCCCCGCAGCUCCACUGGCACAUCCAGAUGCCUGGCGGCACGGUGGAGAUCACCAGCCCCAACGUGGGUGCUGAUGGACAUGCCCUGGCAGCCAGCAGCCAGCCACGCUUCCAGGCCUUUGCCAACGGCAGCCUGUUCAUCCCUGGCUUUGGCAAGCCAGAGGAAGGCACCUACAGCUGCGUGGCCACCAAUGAGCUGGGUAGUGCAAAAAGAUCGGUGAACGUGGCACUAGCUACUCCAGGCAAGAGGGGCGAGGAUGUGCUGAGGCGCAGGUUGAAUGGCAAAAGUGCCGAGGGUAAGGGAUGCUAUACGGUCGACAACGAGGUGCAGCCGUCAGAUCCUGAGGACAACGUGGUCAUUAUCUACCUCAGCCGGGAGGCUGCAGAAGUAAGGGGUGGGGUCUCUGGGCAGCAGCCCCCAGGCCUGCUUCUGCUGGGCCAGAGCCUCCUUCUCCUCCUCUUCACUUCCUUCUAG